GUUGACAUAAAUACAAAGUCAGCAAUUCUAUUUGUUGUGGUUGCUUCAUGUUUCUUGGUCAUGCUUUACAAGCUUAUGUCAUUCUGGUUUAUUGAGGUUCUGGUGGUUCUCUUUUGCAUUGGUGGAGUAGAGGGCCUGCAAACGUGCUUGGUGACUUUAUUAUCAUGGUGUGUUAAAGGCUUUGCAGAAUCAUUUAUUAAAGUACCCUUCUUUGGAGCUGUUUCGCAUCUGACAUUGGCUGUUUGUCCCUUCUGCAUAGCAUUCGCUGUUGUUUGGGCAGUGUACCGUGUUAUCUCCUUUGCCUGGAUAGGUCAAGAUAUUCUUGGUAUUGCACUUAUAAUCACAGUCCUUCAGAUUGUUCGCGUGCCAAAUCUCAAAGUUGGUACAGUUCUUCUGGGUUGUGCUUUCUUGUAUGAUAUCUUCUGGGUGUUUGUCUCCAAAUGGUGGUUUCAUGAGAGCGUGAUGAUAGUGGUUGCCCGUGGUGAUAGAAGUGGAGAGGAUGGCAUACCAAUGUUACUAAAAAUUCCCCGGAUGUAUGAUCCUUGGGGUGGCUACAGUGUUAUUGGAUUUGGAGACAUAAUCUUACCUGGACUGCUUGUGGCAUUUUCACUAAGGUAUGAUUGGCUGACAAAAACGCCUCUUCGAGCAGGGUACUUUAUAUGGGCAAUGACUGCUUAUGGUUUAGGUCUUCUGGUCACAUAUGUGGCCUUGAACAUGAUGGAUGGACACGGCCAACCUGCUUUGCUAUACAUUGUUCCUUUCACACUCGGUACCUUUAUUACAUUGGGGAAGAAGAGGGGUGAUCUCAAAACUCUCUGGACACGAGGAGAACCGGAAAGGCCUUGUCCGCAUGUCCAACUUCAGCCCUUAGAAGAAAAAGACUAAUGGUCCUGAACAAUAAGUACCUCAAAUGUGUGCCAGUACCAGUUGAUAAACUUUUUCACCCUUCUAGGUUGUAGAGAAGCAUGUAAUAUUUGCAGUAUAGUUAUUACAACACGUUUAGAAAUUAACCAGUAACAAACUAGUUUGAAGCUAGUUCACGGCUAAUUUCAUAGAAGCUUUACCUUGUAUCGUGCUGACGUAUCGGUUCCACGAACCUCUUUUCAACAUGAUCGUUAUAAUAUCGAGUUUUUCUGCACUUACCUACA